ACUACCUGAAGGACGAGCUGGAUCGCUACGUGGAGCAGCUCCAGAUCGUGCGAGUCGUGCGGCAGGAGGAGAGGAAAGGGCUGAUCACGGCACGGCUGCUGGGGGCCAGCGUGGCCAGCGGGGAGGUCCUGACCUUCCUGGAUGCCCACUGCGAGUGUUUCCACGGCUGGCUGGAGCCCCUCUUGUCCCGCAUCGCCGAAGAGCCCACGGCCGUGGUCAGCCCCGACAUCGCCACCAUCGAUCUCAACACUUUCGAGUUCUCCAAGCCCGUCCAGAACGGCAAACAGCACAGUCGGGGCAACUUUGACUGGAGCCUGACUUUUGGCUGGGAGGUCGUCCCGCCCCGGGAGAGGCAGCGGAGGAAGGAUGAGACCUGGCCCAUCAAGUCCCCGACCUUCGCUGGUGGCCUCUUUGCCAUCUCCAGGUCCUACUUUGAGCACAUUGGCUCCUACGAUGAUCAGAUGGAGAUCUGGGGGGGUGAGAACGUGGAGAUGUCCUUCAGGGUCUGGCAGUGUGGGGGUCAAGUUGAGAUCAUCCCUUGCUCUGUCGUGGGUCACGUCUUCCGCUCCAAGAGCCCCCACACCUUCCCCAAGGGCACCCAGGUGAUCUCCAGGAACCUGGUCCGCCUGGCUGAGGUCUGGAUGGACGACUACAAGGAGAUCUUCUACAGAAGGAACCAGCAAGCUGCACAGAUGGCCAGAGAGAAGACGUAUGGUGACAUUACAGACCGGCGCAAGCUGAGGGAGCAGCUCCACUGCAAGAACUUCACCUGGUACCUCCAGAACGUCUACCCAGAGAUGUCUGUCCCUGACCUGACGCCAGCCUUUUACGGAGCG